AUGGUUCCUCCAGUCAGUCGCAUUAACUUGAGUCGCCGGCGCUCACGGUCUCCGCUUGGCAUCUCCGGAAGAUCUCUACGGGGCGGUCACAACAAUGUGUCUCUCCGUCAUUUCAGAGGAAAUGAUCUCUACACUGAGUACCGGCCCAAGUUUAGAGAGGAGUCUCUCAACAAUGGUACCAGACGAGACUUUGGACCACGGCGUUACGGGGCAUCUCAGAAUGAUGGAGGCUAUAUUCAGUCCGCCAUGUGGACUGGGAGACGGUCAUCCACGGAUUUCGAUGCAGAGCCAAAACGACUUCACCGGCACAGGGCUCUAAGUCCACUUCCUCUAAACCCUCUUACCGAUCGGUACUCUGUUGACUUCCGAGUCGCGAAUAUUGGUCGUGGGUGUUACGAGGAACGGAGCCGUGGACGUGAGUCUGUGAUAGAAAGAGAGCGCCGUUACGAUCCGAGGGGUGAUUACCAACAAUAUCGCAGCGAACGGCAGCAACCUUACGAAGAGCUACCAGUCCAUGGAAGUCGACAGGGCGGCCGCUCGUAUGACAGAGAUGCUUGGCGGUCUGAUCGUAUGCCGACACACCGAAACGCACCUGUCGUAGUGUCCCCACAUCCUCGUCAAAAAUCCCGGUACAACAUUUCUCCCCCGCAAAGAUACGAACGACCCUCCGCCUUCGGUGCACGUGAUGUUAGGGGUGGUAGUGGUGGUGGUCGUGGUGCUAACGGGACCAAUGCAAAGGCCUCCACCACGUCACUGAUAAUAAUCGUUCAACCUUAUUACACCCCUCCUGAUGAAUGUGACAGUAACUGUUUGCAUGGUGGUUCAAAUGAAGCUCCCACUGUAGCUCCUUUGGAUAAGGCAUGGUGA